UUAGGAAGAAGAAUCCUCAAAGGGGUGGAACUCCUUAAUGUCACCUCCUAUAUUCCCACCUAUCCAAGAAGAAAAAGAUAUGAAGGGGAUUAGGAGGCCUUUAGUGGGGAAGGUAAAUAUUAUGUCAGGACUUUGGUUCUGACUAUUUUGGAAUAGACAUAUAUAGUAGUCUCAUGCACCUAGAAUAAGAAAGUGGAGCGUCCAACUUCCUGCUAGGUUGCCUAAGGAUACACAUGGCAAUGGGUUUCUGGACAUUGGCCUAAUGUAUAUCGUCGUUCAAUUUUUAAUUUGUUCAAUAUAGUCUAUAAACAUUAGUUCAAUAUGCAAUGUAGACUCUGCAGUUUUUAUUUGUUCAAUCUAAUCCCUAAACUUUCGGUAUAUGUUUAAUUUGGUCCUUUAAUUAUAAUAAAAUGUUCAAUGUUAUCUCUGAUUUUGAAUUAAUGGAAAAAUUACAUUAAACAUUUUCAUAGAUUUAAAUGAUUACAUUGAACAAAUUGAACAAAUUAAAAAUUAAAUGACUAUAUUGCAUAUUGAGUGAAAAUUUAUGGACCAUUUUUGUGAUUAUUCCCAUUGCAAAAAUAGAAUAUUUUGACCACCCACCUGGGUAGUGUUGCUGGCGGCGAGCUUCUCCCCCUAACGCAAUGGGAGGAGUUCGAUUUCCGGGCGUCGUAGGGUGACUUAUCCGGUGGUAUGUGUGUGAUGGCUAGCACGUGUCCUCCAGGGUUUACUCCCGUUACCCCUGGCCUUUCGGGCUGUCCGUGUUAGUACGGUGCGCAGGUUCCCUAGGUCACCAAAAAAAAAUAGAACAUUUAACAAGGAAAAAAAAUCUAUACAUAGAUAAUAGAGAUACACAUCAAUAAAUAUGUCAUGAUAAUAAUUAAAUCUACAAAAUAUUUAAUACCUUCAUUAUAAGAAAAACGAGGUGGCUGAGGAUUGCGGCCUCCACUCCCUCCCUCAAUUUUUCCAUUUACAUAACUUUAAAGUCGUGCAAAACUAUUGUUGAUGAUUACUCAAUCCGGACUUGCCUUUUGAGUUACACAUGGUUAAUUUUGUUAGCAAAAUUUGUAUCAUGCACAUAUCACAAUUUUUCAACAUUGUGCAAUCAAUUCUUGAAAGUUCUGAAAUUUCGGAGUUACGCAAUAUGAUAUAAACCUUUAUUCUUUCACGAGUCCUAGUUAUGAUUAUUUUUAGGACCGUGCGAUUUUCAUUCCAAAUUUUGCUUUUCACGCUUCCUUUUACAGCGUUUUCCUUUUUGAUCAUAUUACAUCCGCUAUCCCUCCUUUCGUUCGAUUGCUUGCUUUUCUUUUCUUGCAAGUCUCACGUUGUUCUUUCUUUGCUAUUAAUAUAAUGACAUAAAGUAGUUUUUAAAUUUUGACUCAAUAUAUAAUUUGAAUGUGAUUUCUGGACUUUAUCCUAGAGUUGAUUUUCCUUGCUUUGUUGUCUCCCCUUUCAGCUCAUGCUGACCAGCCAUUUGUACCCCAUUCCUCUUCUUCUUACUCUGUUUUCGAGCUUUCGUCCACCCUUUCCUUUCCUUGCUGACCAUCUGAGGGAAGACGAAGAGCUGGGCUCUCUCUUCUCUAAAGAAGAGUCGCAGGACGUGCAUUCGAACCUGCAAUAAUGUCUCUCCUCAUUGAUUUUUGCCCCGAAAAUGUCUGUCUUCCAGCUGUUCGAUAAAAUGCCUCUGAGAAAAGUGUUACUGGGUUGGCUUGUUCGGUUUCUCUAUUUGCUUUCGUUAUUAUUAUUUUUUUCUUUCAGGACGAGGACAGUAACUUCGUCUUCGAGGGAAAACCAUACGGAGGAUGCCUUUGUCCGGCGGCGCGAGAACGGCGGGGAAGAAGGUUCGGGCGCGGGUUCCUUCGUCCAGGUUCCCGCCGAACGACGGCACGGCGGACUCCGGAAUCUCGCCGGCGAGCUUGUUGUGGGAUUCAGUCGAGAGUAGGUGACGAGAGCCUGACGUCAGCACGCGCGCCUUUUUGUAGACCCGUUGACUUUUCACCGCCGGCAGCUUCGUUGUCGCGUCGGUUCAGUGGAGGAAGCGAGCGAGCGAGCUCUCGGACCGUUUCUUGUCCGCGCUCUCUUCUCGCAUUGACCUCGAGAUAGGCGGCGGCGGCGAUGGCGAUGGCGUCGGCGGCGGUGAGGAGGAUCAAGCUGGGGUCGCAGGGCCUGGAGGUCUCGGCGCAGGGGCUGGGCUGCGCGCGCAUGUCCCCCUUCUCCGGCCCCCCGAAGCCCGACCCCGACAUGAUCGCACUCAUCCGCCACGCCGUCGGCUCUGGCGUCACCUUCCUCGACACCGCUGACAUCUACGGCUUUAGUACCAACGAAGUCCUCAUCGGAAAGGCAAUGAAGGGAGGGGUGAGAGAGAAGGUGGAAUUGGCGACCAAGUUUGGGCUCUGCUAUGCGGACGGAAAGUGGGAAGUCCGGGGCGAUCCGGUGUACGUGAGGGCGGCCUGCAAGGCCAGCUUGAAGCGUGUCGACAUCGAUUGCAUCGACCUCUACUACCAACACCGUAUCGACACUCGCGUCCCCAUCGAAGUCACUAUUGGGGAGCUAAAGAAACUCGUUGAAGAGGGCAAAAUCAAGUACAUUGGCUUAUCCGAGGCCUCUGCAUCAACAAUUAGAAGAGCACAUGCUGUUCAUCCCAUCACAGCGGUGCAAUUGGAGUGGUCACUGUGGUCAAGAGAUGUGGAGGCGGAGAUCAUUCCCACAUGCAGGGAGCUUGGCAUUGGAAUUGUUGCGUACAGUCCUUUAGGACGAGGAUUCUUUUCUGUCGGUUCCAAGUUAUUGGAGAAUUUCUCUGAGGAUGACUUUAGACAGAAACUACCGAGGUUCCAGCCAGAGAACUUGGCUCACAACGCGAAGUUAUUUGACCGAGUGAAUGAAAUUGCGCAAAGAAAGGGAUGCGCCCCAUCGCAGUUAGCCCUUGCCUGGGUACACCACCAGGGCAAUGACGUCUGCCCAAUUCCCGGCACAACCAAGAUCGAGAAUUUCAAUCAGAACAUCAGAGCUCUAUCGGUGAAGCUUUCUUCAGAAGACAUGGCUGAGCUUGAAUCGAUUGCUUCCGCAGACAAUGUCAAGGGCAGCAGGUAUGAUAGCAGCAUCUCUACAUGGGAAAACUCCGAUACUCCACCCCUUUCUUCAUGGAGCGCUGCUUAGAAAGCACGUCUCCUUCUGUCUCCGCAUCUUUGAUAUGCAGAGUUUGAGCAUUCGCUGCUGAAGUAAUUUGAGGCUAUGUGGUGCGGCUGU